AUGUCUCUCUUAAAGAUGACAGACAUAUCUGUGUCACUCUCUAGCAACACUGACGCUCUUUGGAGGAAUUGUUUCGAGCUGACCAACGAGAUGAACAUCACAGCUCCUGGUCGUCGUAUCUUCCCUACUCUGGAGUAUAUUAUCAUGGGGUUGGACCCAUCGAAGUACUACGUGAUCAGCAUGCAUUUCGAAUUUGUCGAUGACAAGAAAUUGAGAUUCGUCGGUGGAAAAUGGACAGAAUCUCCGUCAACUGAAGAGAAAGGACUUCCACGUGGAGUAUUUCAUCAAAAUGGUCUACAACUUGGAAAGGAUUGGAUGGAUAAGCCACUCAGCUUCGAUCAGAUCAGAGUCACCAAUCGCAAGUCAAAUGAGAAGAAAGGACCAUCAUUCGUCCAUCUCUUCGCUCAACACAGAUACAUCCCAGUCUUGACAAUCUACGAGGGAGAUCAGAUUGUUCACAUCUCAAAGAUUGACUACACUGCAUUCAUCACUGUGACAGCAUAUCAUAGUGACGCACUGAACCAACUCAAAACUGACACCAAUCCAUACGCAACAGGAAGCCGUCUGGAUCAUCGGAUGAAGCGUCAAUCGGCAUCAGGAGGAGCGGAGAGCAACUCGCAAUCUACGAAGAAAAUGAAAAAGGAACCAGAACCAUCCACGUCAAACUCUACUGUUCCCUCCAUUCCUUCUCCAGCACCAAUCGAUGUUCCCACUUUCCCAUUUCUGUUCCCAACUAAUCUCUCACAACCAGAUGUUCUCCUCCAACAGUUUCAGUUGUUCUGCCAAAUGGCCUUCCCCCUCCAACAGUCCAUGAACACCAACCAAUUCUUCCCAACAUUCUUCCCAACUCCACCAUUCACUCCAGAUGCACCGGCUCUAGAUGUGACUCCUCCAGGGAAAGUUGAGCCAGUUGAGCCAACUGAGAAGGAUGACACUGUUGAUGCCUAA